AUGUGUAAUGGCUCAGAGUCACACAUAAGUGAAUGUAACUACACGAUUUCCAACAGUUGUACACGUAGAUAUGUUUACGUUUACUGUACAGCAUACCCAUUGAAUAUAACAGAUAUACGUCUUAACAGUACUAUAAGCAGUCGACAGGGACGAGUAGAAAUAGAAGUUGGAGGUGAAUGGGGAACAGUAUGUGAGGACAGUUUUGGACCUACAGAUGCAUUAGUAGUGUGCCGAAUGCUUGGAUUUAAUAUAUCGUACUCAAACGUUCUAUAUUAUGGUAGAGCUUACUUUGGGCCCGGAAGUGGACAGAUAUUUGUUGAUGAUCUUGCGUGCAGUGGUGAUGAAUAUCACCUCAAUGAGUGUUAUUAUAUACCUGAGCAUAAUUGUGGGCAUUAUGAUGACGUUUCAGUAAUAUGCUCUGAACAUCCUUUUAACAUCCGUCUAAACAGUACUGUAAGCAGUCGACAGGGACGAGUGGAAGUAGAAGUUGGAGGUGAAUGGGGAACAGUAUGUGAUUACAGCUUUGGACCUACAGAUGCAUUAGUAGUAUGUCGAAUGCUUGGAUUUAAUGUAUCGUACUCAAAUAUUCUUUAUUUUCGUAAUGCUUACUUUGGACAAGGAAAUGGAGCAAUUAUUUAUAGUAAUCUUGCAUGCAGUGGUGAUGAAUUUCAUCUCAGUGAGUGUAACUAUUCACCUGCCCAUUACUACUGUGGACAUCAAGAAGACGUAUCAGUUAUAUGCUUUGAGGAUCUUGAUGUAACAGACGCUAGACUUGUAAAUGGGACUGGUCCUUUCGAUGGCCGAGCGGAGAUUAAAGUAAAUGGUACUUGGGGUACUAUAUGUGAUCAGAAUUUCGAUAUUUUAUAUGCAAACGCCUUUUGCGACAUUCUCGGAAAACGGGCCACGCAAUACUUUACUAGCGCCAGAUAUGGUCAAGGCAGUGGUAUAAUGUAUACCAUUUUUUGUUCAAGUAGUUAUAUCAGUAGUUGUCGAUAUGAGAUAGCGGACAGAUGCACCCAUGAGCAAGACGCGUCUGUCGUAUGCAACGAUUGUGGCGAACCGGACAACUCACACUGGGGAGUAGACUACUUUAGUAUUAAUGGAUCAACCUUAUAUGCAGACUGCUCAUAUUACAAGUCAUAUGUUGGUACCCUAACACUGACUUGUAACAAUGAAACCAACCAAUGGGUAACAGAAGGUGAAUGCAGAGAAUACAGUUAUCCGCUAGCAAUAACCAAUAUUCGUCUUGUUGGCGGGGAGUCUAUAUCACGUGGACGUGUAGAACUCUAUUCAAUGGAUACAUGGGGAACAGUUUGUGAUCAUGCAUUCGGAAUGAACGAAGCAGAAGUAAUUUGUUCAAUGGCUGGUUUUCCAGGAGCAAUAGCCUUCUAUCCUGGUGCCCAUUUUGGAGAAGGAUCUGGACCUAUUUUUGUUGACGACCUCAACUGUGAUGAAAAUGCGACUCACAUCAACAAUUGCUCUUACGUGACGUAUGACGACUGUAGUCAUUCAAAUGACGUCUCCGUUGUUUGUACAGGCUGCGGAAACGCGAUACCUUCAAACGGAUAUAGUAACUCAACCAUGUCAAACGAAGGAGCUGUAAUAAGAAUAUAUUGUAAUGAAAACUAUAAUCUUAUUGGAGAUUCUAUAAUAACUUGUCAAGAUGGCGCAUGGAAUGACCAACCUACUUGUAAAUUAAUAGACUGUGGAGACCCAACCCCGGAAAAUGGGUUCCGAAAUGAGUCAGAUUCAACUAAUGGAGCUGUUGUAAAUGUUUGGUGCAAAACAGGGUAUACAAUUCUUGGUAAUGCGAUCAUAAUUUGUCAGGCAAAUGAAUCGUGGACUGACAGCCCAGUAUGUGAAAUUAACGACUGCGGCCUACCAGAACCAGAAAAUGCGGUUGUAACAUUAUACAAUAAUAAAACUACAUAUGGCGAGAAUGCAGUAGUCAGCUGUAUCCAUGGUUACAUUCCAGCCGGAAGUUUAACAGUAUCGUGUUUGGAAAAUGGCACAUGGGAAGAGUGGCCUGCCUGUGAAUUAAUAGAUUGCGGAGACCCGACUCCCGAAAGAGGAUCCAGGAACAGUUCUGAUUCAACAUAUGGUUCUUUGGUAUUUAUAAGUUGUGAAACAGGCUACAAUAUCUCUGGAAAUGCGACAAUUAUUUGCCAAGGGGAUGGAACAUGGAGCGAUAUUCCAGUCUGUGAUGCAUCGGAUUGCGGUUUGCUGUCAGUACCAAAUGGAAAUGUGAAUACCUCUCAGGGGACAUCGGUGGGUUCUAUUGCCACUAUAGAGUGCGACAAUGGAUAUGAUUUAAAUGGUUCAUCAAUUGCUACUUGUACUGGAACAGGAGAACGUGCUGACUGGAACUAUUCUUCAGUUUGCGAAUUACAAGUGUGCAGUGAUCCCACGCCCAGCAAUGGACGUACAAUUGAGUCUGACGGAACGAAAAGCUACGUUUUUGGAAAUACUGCGAAGAUUGAAUGCAAUACUGGAUAUGAACUCAAGGGAGACAAUCUCAUAACUUGUAAUAAUGGAGGUCUGUGGAGUGGUGAACCAACCUGUGAUUUAUUUGAUUGUGGACCACCUACUGCUCCAACAAAUGGAGACGUUGAUGACACUCAGGGCACAAAGUACAAUGCUGAAAUAAGAUUCAUAUGUGACAAAGGGUUCUUGCUUGUUGGUGAAGAAUACUCCGUAUGUGGAGCAAACGGGGAGUGGAGUAAUGACGCCCCGGCAUGUGUGGCUAAAUCUGCUGCUGGUGGAUAUUGUCAAAAUAAAGAUUAUUGUCUACUUGAGGAUUCAAGCUGCAUCAACUCUGUCUGUACAUGUAUUACCGGAAUUUAUGACACUCGUACAAAUAAAUGUGAUACAAUGCCACUGAUGCCAUUUGGGACAGACGAAGGUGAUAUAGCCAUACCUAAAACAAGAUCUAUUUGUGGACCAAAGGUUUCAUUUGCAGCAGGGUUUCCAAUUUAUGGCAAAAUGCACACCGACUUAUAUGUUUGCUCAUUUGGUUACGUGAGCUUUGAUACUCAAUUUAGCAAUCCAACAUCUCCUAGUAACAGGAGGGCAGUCAAAAGAUUUGGUCAGAAGAGAUUGUUACUUGCACCUUUUUAUGCACCAAUAGACCGCAGGAAGUCGGGACCAGUGUUUUAUAGAACUUAUCACAUACUUAAUAUUAAGGAAUUCAUUGACAAUACGGACAUUAUUUCGAACAUCGAGAAUAUCGUAAGAAAAUUUGGAAAUCUUGAUUUGUUUCACGCAAGCUUUAUUUUGAUUGCAACUUGGUAUGAGCAAAUACCCGCAAGACGUGGAUUUGACCAAACAAAGACAGCAACGUUUCAAGUUGUGUUAGCAUCAGACGGAAAAUCCACGUACGCCUUUUAUAUUUACGGAAAUGGUAUGAUGAACUGGGUAAAUAAUCUUUCCACACGUCCUCCCAUCUGGAUUGGAGAAACAGUGGAUACAUUGACCUACUCGCAUCCGUUAGCUUUUUCUAAUGCAGCUUUCAGACUAGAUGUUAAACUGACCGUUUCAAAGUCCGAACGAGAUGUUUCGGGACUAGUCGUGAGAUCACUAAAUACACAAGGAAAGAAACACGAAAAUGCUGCUGUUGACUGUAUAAGAUGGUAUAAUGACAACUACAAAGAGAAACAGCGCAUUGCUUACAUCGCCAGUAUUGCGCCCAAAUGUCCUUGUGAUAUACGCCUUUCACGAUUUGAUCCUUGGUUUUGGAUGAUUGGACUCUACAGAUGGCACCGAUAUUUGAAUUAUAAAUGUGUAGAUAUGCUGCACGUUGGAAAUUUCGGACAUUAUGGAAAGUCAUGUUGUUACGACUUGAAAACUUGGUUAUUGAUAUACGAAAGACCACUUGCCGGUAAUUUUCACCUGUAUAACUCACGGCACCCUUCUGAACACAUAUUAAACGACGUGGAGCCGAAAACUAAAUGUUGUGUAUUGUCAAAUUAUUGCCAUCUCUACUACGAACUGAGGCCGACAGGACUUUGUUAUAAGACAUCACCGUAUAAUUUUGGAACAUUCUGGGGAGACCCGCAUUUCAGCACAUUGGAUGGUAUGAAUUUCACAUUCAAUGGACUUGGAGAAUAUACACUUCUCAGAAUAAAUACAGACACGUGUAAUUUUGAUCUACAAGCAAGAACUGAAAGAACUUUGAAAGAGGAUGGUAAUUUGUCUGACGCCACAGUCUUUGCUGCUUUUGCCGCAAAAGAUUCGACAAAUUCAUCAGUACAUGUAGAGCGCAACAAAAAGAGAAAUGGUAUCAACUUGUAUGGAAACGGCGCUGAUCUGACAGAGCAGUAUAACUCAAAUACAAAUGAAACUGAUCCAUUUGUGUGGUCUUCAAGUGACAAUAACUUGACCAUUACCAAACGAAAUGGCAGUGUGGAUGUAUAUUUCCCUAUUUGUAAUAUAUCGCUGAUCAUAUCAAUCAAUAUCGAAAUGUUGACCUUGCGCACGUUGGUCCCUGAUAAUCUUCAAAAUUUAACCAACGGACUUCUUGGAAACUACAACGGAGAUUCUAGCGACGAUUUUACGAUGCCAAAUGGAACAGUCCUGCAGGAAAACAUUACCGAAAGAGAAAUAUUUUCAUAUGGCCAAACAUGGGCAAUAAAUCCGAACAACUCUGCAUUCGUUUAUGACGAUGGAAAAUCCCAUUUCGAUUUCCAAAAUGAAACGUACGUUCCAAGAUUUUUGGACGAAGCUGACCCUGAGCUCAUUGCGAAAGCUGAAAAAAUAUGCGACGGUUCCAAUAAUACUGAGUGUGUGUUUGACUAUGUUUUUACGGAGAAACCUGAUAUCGCAGAGGAAACCAAAAAGGUCAAAGGACAGUCAGAUGCAGACAAAGUCGAAAUCGACGAAAUUGUGCCAACACUUGAAGGAUGUUCAACCGUUAAUGUGACAAAAGGACAAAAAGCGUCAUGUAAACUUAAUGUUGGAGAGGGUGACUCAGUGAAGAUUGUUUCAAGUAACGUCAGUGCUGAGAUUGAUCAGGAGUCAUCAACAAUUACAUUCGUACCUGAAACAGAUGAACCCGUUACAAUUCGUGUGAUGGCGGAAAACAAAAAUGGCCGAUUCUCUCCAACUUUUGCUGUGAGUGUAUUACUGUGUACAGCAUGUAACGGGCAUGGAGUAUGUACAGGUGUUCCAAGAAGCGAUGCACGGGAAACUGAAUACUUUCACUAUUUCGCGUGCGAAUGCGACCCUGAAUAUGAAGGCAUUGAUUGUGAAAAUGAGUUUGACGGAUGUGCGGCAAAUCCAUGUUCUUUAGACAGAAACUGUUCAACUCUAACGGCUGAGGAACAAAUUCAACGAAAUAGAUCGUACGUCUGUGACCCGUGCCCGACUGGUUUUGAGGAUGACGACGAUGACGAAUGUAUAGAUAUAGACGAAUGUGAAGUCAACAAUGGUGGCUGUGAUCAAAAUUGUACAAACACAGACGGCAGUUUUGAAUGUACAUGUAAAAGUGGAUACAGAGUUGACAGCAGAGACAGUAGUGCAUGUAAAGAUAUAAAUGAAUGUGAAGAAGCGAUGCAUAAUUGCGACCAUAUAUGUAAUAAUACAGAAGGUGACUUUACAUGUCAAUGCUUCGCCGGUUAUGAACUUAAUACGACUUCACAGACAUGUCAUCAGACAUCGGAUGGCAGCUGCACUGACAUGGAGAAGAAUAUGUGUUCAAACGCACACGGUUGCACCAAAGAAGACAAUAAAUCGGUUUGCUUCUGCAAAGAUGGAUAUGAUUUAGAUUCAGCUGGAGUUUACUGUCAAGUUGCCGGAUUGUUUUUAUGUUACCUCAAGUAUUCUAAGUAG